GCUCGAAGCGCGUCGUAUCUCGUAUCUAGAUAAUCGUGCGUCGUGACUCAGAACUGCGUUUGACAAUCCUUUUGACAGUUUUACGAGGUGCGAGCGAUAAAAGCGUGACUUUAGAAGUAACGAAGCCGUUCGAUCCGGAAGAGUGCCUGACUUCAGACGCGUUCACGCGAGCGAGGCCUUCGACAACGUUCGUCUAGCACGUCGCAGCGGAAUCCGAGCAACGAUAGGAAAAUCGUCGAGAUGGCCAGCAGGCAGUCAUACAGCAUCGUGGAGUACUACGCGGAACACGAGGGCUACCGAUGCGGCUACUGCAAGAACCCCAACACGAACUUCAGUCAUGGUAUGUGGGCGCACUCGUUGACGGUGCAAGAUUAUCAAAAUUUGAUAGACAGGGGAUGGAGGCGAAGCGGCUGCUACUGUUAUAAACCCACGAUGAAUCAGACCUGCUGUCCACAGUAUACCAUUAAAUGUGAGGUACUAGAUUUUAGAAUAUCAAAGUCUCAGAAAAAGAUUUUGAAGCGUAUGACCAAGUUUCUGAGAAACGAAUUGAUGGACGACAGUGCUGGAGGUAUGGAUGAGGAUCAACAAGAUAAUAUAGAUAUAAGCAACGAAGAAGCACUGAAUUAUCCUAAGCACUUGAUGAAAGCACAAAAAGAUAAGUCUCAGAUUAAUGUUUCAUCUGUCGAUGAUGAAGUUAAUGGAAGAUUGUCUAUCAAUUCGGUAAAAACAGAAACUCAGAAAAAUUCUACUUCUGUAUCGAGUUGCGGUCAAGCACAGCUAACAAAUUCCAACAGCAAAGGUACCCUGCAUGUUAGAAAUGAAAUCGCCAAUGCGGUACCUUGCAAAAAGGCGAAAUUCUUACGCAUAGAACGUAAGAAAAAUAAGUUGGUGGCUCAAGGUAAAUCGCAGAGCGAGAUCGAGAGCAUCAUGAAGGAAAAGAAACGACAGAAUAGUGCUAAGAGCAUAGAGGAAUUAUUUGAAGAAGUGCACACCGGAUUGAAGAAGUUGGAGUUGAGACUGGUUCGAACUGCGCCGAUAAGCUCCGAAUAUCUAAAGACUUCGAAAGAGUCUUACGAGCUUUAUAAAAAGUAUCAGAACACGAUACACGGAGUACCGGCUGAGAAGCUCACAGAGCAACAGUACACGAGAUUUCUUGUGAAGUCGCCUCUGCAGAUGAAAUUGGUGAGAGUAAUGUCGGACGAGUUCGUGAACACGCUCGAUACAAGCGCGAGUCUUUAUAAAAAAUAUCAAAUGGCGAUUCACGGCGAUACACCGGAUCAAUGUGAUAAAAAAUCAUUCUUCAGCUUCCUUGUAAGGAGUCCCUUGCAGCAAUGGAUACCCGAUAGUGGACCACCUCACGGAUACGGCUCUUUUCACGAGCAAUAUUGGUUGGAUAACGAAUUGAUAGCGGUGGGAGUGAUAGAUAUUCUGCCGUCGUGCAUUUCGAGCGUGUACUUUUUUUACGAUCCGGCAUAUAGUCAACUCUCUCUCGGAACUUUUAGUUCUCUUCGAGAGAUUUAUCUAACGAGACAGCUCAACAAAGUCGCAAAUAAUCUGAAAUACUAUUACAUGGGUUUUUACAUUCACACAUGUCCGAAGAUGCGAUACAAAGCGAGAAUGCGGCCGUCGAAGCUUCUAUGCCCGGAGACAUAUGUAUGGUGCGACAUCGAUCCCUGCCUAGCUAAAUUGAACAACGAAAAGUACAGUCGUCUGAACGACGAAAUCAACGCCAUCGACGAAAAUGGUGUAGUCGACGUUGAAGAGGUAUUGGUACUAUAUAAGAAUAUUGCGAUGCCAUAUAAAAAAUACAGAACGCAGCGAAAAACGUACCAGACGCGUGAGGAAAAACGCGAGGUGGAGGAAUAUGCCAGACUUGUUGGAAUGCCAUGUGCGCGAGGAAUGCUGCUCUUUCGCUAUUCUAGAGAGUGAUUAUUUUAUGUGUAAAACUGAGUAAAGACAUUACGUCUUAAGGACCAUCGUGGAAGGACACUUUGGUGGCUACUUCAGAAAUUACUGGCUGAUGUUUGUGUACAAAAAAAUGAUUGAAUUCAAUAUUCUUAGAAGAUUAUUAAUUAUGUGUUGUUGAAUAACAAUCUGUGAUGCAAGCGAUUGAAUACUAUGAUUAGAUAAUGUAAGAUAUGUAAUAGAUUAUGUGUAUUACGCCUCGCCGUCCUUUGUUGAGGAACGUUUUAAAAAAAAAA